AUGUUAGCUUUUGGCUACGUAUCAUGGGAAGCGUCUUUGACCAACGAGUCUGGUUUGAAGUGGACACCGAAUGACUAUGAUGCUUUGUGUACGGAAAUAAUAUCAACUCAAAAUAUGGUCAGCAAGCACUUGCCGCUUCGUGCUUUAUUGUUGAUAACUUCUGUUAGUGAUUUAGUUGUGCUUCCAUCCAAAUCUAUUAUAUUCAAUGCAUUUAAUCAAACAUUAAGUGCUGCUGGCGAAUAUCGUUGGUAUUCUAGUUAUUCUGAAUUACGAGUGGAAAUCUCCCAGGGUCUGAAUAAUCUUCCUUCUACACUGGUUAAUGAAUGGGCUGUCAAGUUUCUUUCGAUUUCUUCACCACCACGUUCUGUUCAAUCUAUAUCAGCAUUCUGUCAUGUAUUAAUCGGAGCCGGAAAACAAAAGAAUAGCCUGGCAGCAGUCACAUGGCUAGAUCAUAAACUUACUGAAUUAUUAUGGAACAAUCUUACCUUUGAUAAUUUAACCAAUGAAUUUAUUAUCGAUGAUUUAUUAACUCAAAUAGCUGCUGAUAAUCAUCAUUUAUUAUCAUCACUCUUACAAACAUUAAAAACCAUUCUAUCUAACAGCUCUGUUUCCGUGAAAAACAUGCAUCCAGCAGUCCUGCCACUAAUCAUUGCCAUUUACGGUGGGCUCCACAGGUAUAAUCAAAUGGUGGACGAAGAAACGAAAUCAGCUGUGAUGUUUUCACCACAGCACAUUCAUCGGGAUUCUUCACUUACCAUCUGCUUCGCAGACUAUUUUAUGGAUGAAAAGAAGAUUUCAGAUGACUUAAUAACAACAAUGGUAGAACAUUGUAAGAAGAUAGUUAACGGUACAACAGCGGACGAUUGCUAA